AGAUGAUCCGCGGUCUACGGCGGAAAAGGCCGAAAAGGGUAGUUUGGUCCAAAUCACAUGUCAAAGAUGGCAACACGUGAAAUUAUGCGAAUGAGUGGUCGACUCAAUGUUUUGAAGAAAUUUCAGUUGAUUUCUCAAGGGACACGUGCACUUACAUUUCAGAGAGGGCUUCACAAAGUUGUUCAGCCUAACCACGGUGCUGUUAUACACAAACAAUGGCCAAUGAAACAAUGCAGAACUGCUGCCACUUAUGAAUAUUCUGAAGUAGAGAAAACACAGGAUGUUGAUGGUGAUUUUGAUAAAUAUGAUAUUUCAGAUGUUACACAGAAGAAGCUCAGAAAAAUGGGUAUAGAGAAACUGCUCCCUGUACAGUAUCACACAUAUGGCCCUACAAUAGAAGGAAAAGAUGUGAUUGUUCAAGCAAGAACUGGUACAGGAAAAACGCUCUCCUUUGCUAUUCCAAUUGUAGAAAAAUUGGAACAGAACAAACACAGACUUGGCGGUACCAAACGUAUUCCAUUGGUUAUUGUAUUAACACCAACAAGAGAACUAGCUAAUCAGAUAAAAGAAGUGUUUGAGAGUUUAUGUGACAAAGCAAGGGUGACCUGUGUAUAUGGUGGAGUAAAUAUAGAAAAACAAAUUAAUAGUUUACGAAAUGGUGCUGAUGUGAUAGUAGGCACUCCAGGUAGAGUAUAUGAUCUGAUGAACAGGAAUGAACUUGUGCUAACGGACCUCCAGCAUGUUAUACUGGAUGAGGUAGAUCGCAUGCUUGACAUGGGUUUUGAUGAGCAAGUCGAGAAGAUUAUCAUAGACAGCUAUCAGUCAGCAAAUAAACCUCAAACUAUGUUAUACUCUGCCACCAUGCCAAGUUGGGUGAGAAAUGCUGCAAGAAAAUACCUUGAUGAUGAUUAUGAAUUGAUCAGUUUAAUUGGUAAAAAUAGUGAACAGACUGCUACUACAGUCAAGCAAUAUGCAAUAAAAUGUAUGGUCUCACAGAAACCGUCACUGAUCACAUACUUUGUGAAGAACUUUUGUCAGCAGACAGGUAGAGCUAUUGUAUUCUGUGAGACUAAAAUGGAAGUAAAUCAGCUGACUGGCAGUGAACUUAUACGUCGGUCUAGAGCAUUUCAUGGUGAUAUUUCCCAAGCUUCAAGAGAUCUAAUCCUGAAGGAUUUUAAAAAAGGUGAUUUUCAAGUACUUGUUACAACAGAUGUGGCUGCUAGAGGUCUAGAUAUACCAAAUAUUGAUGUUGUUAUACAGAGUUCACCUCCUAAUGACACAAAUUACUAUAUUCAUCGUGUUGGUCGAACAGGUAGAGCUGGCAAUACAGGAGUAUCUAUCUUAAUGUAUACAAAACAGGAAGAAAAUGAAGUGCAUAAUCUUGAAAGAAAGGCUAAAACCCCUUUUGAGCAAUUAUCACCUCCAACACUGGAUGACUUUAUGGCAGUGUGUGAAAAAGAUGUUACCAAGGAACUUCAGAGUGUACCUGAUGAAUUGAUAAAUCACUUUAUGGAGAGAGCCGACAUAUUGAUUCAGAAGGAAGGGGCACAGAAGAUGUUAGCUGCAUCUCUUGCACUUGCAUCUGGUGCUAAACAAUUCUUCUUCAGAUCCCUUAUAACUUACCAAGAGGGCUUCACAACAUUACUUUAUAAAGGAGAUAGAAGUGAUAAUCGUCAUGUACAGGAGAAAGUUAGGAGAUAUUUUGAAAAGAUGAAUGUAAAGUAUCAGAAUGUCCCCAAAAUUUGGAGCUUGGUUUUUGAUGUGAAAGCAGAGGAUGCAAGGAUUGUUCUGGAAGGAUUUGAUGAUGUAAGAUCAAGUAAUUCAGAAAGUAUUGAGCAAGUCAGAGAAUUACCAGACAUUAAUUCAGUACACAGAUUUACAAUGCCAAGAAAACAUAAUAGGUAUUCUGACAGGCAUGGUUCAUUUCGAAGGCAUGGAAACCAGGGAUGGUUGGAUAGAAAUGAAGAUGGAAUGAAUAGAUAUGAGCAAAGAGAUAGACCUAAUAGACAUGAGCAAAGAGACAGACCUAAUUUCAGGGGUAGGUUUAAUGAUGGAGGAAGAAAGUUUGACUUUGACAGAAAUAGUGGUUAUAGAGGUUCCCAUGGUAAACAGAGAAGACAAGAGUUUGAAUGGGAUGAUGAUGAUUUCUAG